GUGUGUGGUCAAACAUUAACUUUUCUGAUCAGGAAGGUAUCAUUCAGACAAAAGGACACCACCAAGGCAUAAUACGGACGACACCAUUAGACUAAAAUUAAGUUCUCAUCUUUUGGAUCCCUUUCUAUCACUCAGGCCACCAAAAUGGAGUGUGUUGUGUUUCUGUGGGGCUAAAAUACUGUCGUUUUUACCCCCCCCCCAAGAAGAUAAUGGGGUUUCGGGGAAACUGCACCUGGGUCGGGGCAGAAAUCCCUUUGUCAUCGGAGUUCUUCAGAGUGAUCAAGAAUGAGCUCUGGCUGUUCCUUAUCCCUGCCGUGCUGGCGUUACUCCUGCUGGCGCUGUUCCUGGAAGAGCUUGGCUUCUUCCUCAGGCAUGUUCCCUCUUCCAGGCGGAGGCGGCUCUACCUGUGGAUUCUGGGAAUGUACCCGGUUUUUGGGUUGACCUCGAUCAUUGCUCUUUAUAUUCCACGUUCAUCUUCACUCUGCAAUUUUAUCGCAGCCCUGUACCAUUCCAUCACUUUACUGAAGUUCAUGGGUCUGAUAACAGAUUUCUUUGGAGGCAAAAGCAGAAUGGUGGAGGCGUUGGCUGGAGCUCAGGUCUCUCCUAAUCCGUUCCCAUGUUGUUUCUGCUGUUGCCUUCCAAUGAUUGGCAUUACCAGGACAAGCCUGGGCUGGAUGAUGGCUGCGGUCCUUCAGCUAUCCGUGGUGCGGACCAUCCUCUUCUUCCUCACCCUGGUCCUCUGGACAGAUGAGCAAUAUGACUACGGGGAAGUGGAGGUAGUAAAUCCUAACAUGUACGUGAAUGCAAUCAUAGGCACGUCGACCUUCUUGUCUUUUUAUGGAUAUCUGCUGUUUUACAAAGCAACCAAAAGUGCCCUGCAUGGCUAUGGCCUUAGGGCCAAAUUUGUAUGCAUCAUCGUGGUCUUGGUGCUGUGUGGACUGCAGAGUGGGAUCCUGGAGACCAUGGGGGCCCUGAAUGUUGUCCCCUGCACCCCACCGUUCUCAGCACUCAUGCGCUCUCAGUUGAUAUAUCACUAUUGUGUCAUUGUGGAGAUGUUUUGCAUCGGCCUGUUCGCCCGCAACAUUUUCCGCAAAGUGGAACCCAGCCCCGAGGAGGGCGACAGGGGGGACGACUGUUUCUUCCGAGGGCAGCAGGACAAGGCGGUCCAGACGGAGCAGGUGCUGCCCCUCAGCGUGCAGCUCAGCACCCCCACGGUGGAGGAGCCGUGGCCCGGCUGGUGUGGAGGCGGCGGUGCCGGUGGUGGUAGUGGUGGCGCCUCCAACCCCAGCUACAACAGCGACAGCGAGGACACCCUCUGCCGCAUAGAACACGCUCCUCUGGACCGCUUCCCCUUCCCUCUGCACCCGGGCUGUCAGAAACAUGGGACUGAGGACAAGGACAAUUCCAAGUCCACAGGGGAGUGUCCUGCACUGGAGCUGUCCAAAGUGACAGUCACUGCUGAAAUCAACUAUGAUGAAAAAACAGAUGCCACUGUUGUGUAGUGAACACUAACUGUAAAGUUUGUCACAGUUUUUGAUAUUUUUGACAUAUAAUAUGAUUAUAAUGUUAUUCAUGUUUAGUUCUGCAGUAUAACAAAUAAAUACAUUAAUGAUGAAAAGAAUAAUAGCCUAGGUGCUGAUGUAAUGUUAUGUUUGCAUUGUGCUGCCUCUGAAACCUCAUGUGCAGUCUCUCUUUGAUGAUGCAAGGUGAGUUCUAUACAAAUCGUUUCAGCAAGGAUAGAGACAAAACAUAUUGUUGUAAAUACCAAUAAACCUCACUGAAUCAGUUGG